AUUCAUUCAUAUCUCUUUCCCGCGUUUAACCCAGUCAAUUUCUGCCUCCAUUCUCUCUCCUAAACAAUUCCUCUCCCUCAACCAACUUUCACUUUCGAUUCCUUUCUUGCACGACCAUCUCCCAACCUCUCCAAUGACUCAUUCCUCCCAUUUUCUUUUCUCUCUCUCUCCAAAAACCCACCACUUUUCUCUCCUCCUCUGCAACAACAUCAACACCGUACCAUGUCUUCUCUCUUCUUCCUCUUUUUCUCUCUCCUCUCUUUCCUCCCUUCUACACUCUCUCAAAUCCCUCGAAGUUUUUACAUAAACUGCGGGGCUUCAUCGCAGAUUGAAUUCAACGGCCACCAAUGGCAACCCGAUUCGAGCUUCGUAUCUGUAGGAACAAACAGAACAGUACCGUCUUCAAGGGUUUUGCCAAUUCUGUCAACUGUUCGAUCAUUUCCACAACAGAGAAAUACACACAGGAAAUUCUGCUACCAAAUUGGACCUGUGAUUAUCUCUGCAAGAUACCUGGUUAGAACCACUUAUUUCUAUGGCGGGGUUAAUGGGUUUGAACAUCGGAAACCGCCUGUAUUUGAUCAGAUUGUUGAUGGGACUUUAUGGGGUUUGGUGAAUACAACAGAGGAUUAUGCUCAUAAUAUGUCAACUUAUUAUGAGGGUGUUUUUCAAGCUGUGGGGAAGACUAUAAGUAUUUGUCUUGGUGUCAAUCAGCUUACUGAUUCUGACCCUUUUAUUUCUGCUAUUGAGAUGCUUAUGUUGGGGGAUUCGGUUUAUAAUUCUACUGAUUUUGGCAAGUUUGCUCUCAGCUUGAUUUCUAGGAAUAAUUUUGGACAUACUGGAUCAACUAUCCGGUCGCCAAAUGAUCGAUUUGAUCGCUUUUGGGAGCCUUUUGGACCUCACCAAGCUGCUACACAAGUUCCAAAUGUAUCCAUCUCUGGGUUCUGGAAUCUUCCACCCGUUGAGAUCUUUGAGACACACUUAAUAGUCAAUGCUGGACCAAUGGAGCUUCAGUGGCCUGCUGGACCUCUUCCAAACUCAACAUACUAUAUUGCUUUAUAUUUUGCUGAUGACCAAGUAUCAUCAUCGGGGCAGACAUUUGACAUUAGCAUCAAUCACGUGCCAUAUAUUCGUGACAUGAAUGUAACUUCAUCUGGUGUGGCUGCGUUUGCAACCCAAUGGCCCCUAUCUGGUCUAACAAGAAUAAGAUUCACCCCAACAGCUGGAUCAAAUUCUAGUACUCUAAUAAAUGGUGGGGAGAUUUUUAAUGUUUUAGCACUUGGAAAAAGAACUCUCGUGCGUGAUGUGAUUGUGUUGGAACGCAUCAAGCGCAGUUUCCUGAAUCCUCCAGAAGAUUGGAGUGGUGAUCCUUGUUUUCCUGCUGGGUACUCCUGGACUGGGAUUACAUGCUCUAAUGGUACACGGGUUCGCAUAAUCUCUAUAAACCUGACGAAUAUGGGCCUCUCAGGAUCCUUGUCGCCUGACAUAGCAAAUUUGACUGCUUUGAACACAAUUGUGCUUCGAAAUAAUAGCUUGUCUGGACUCAUACCUUCUACUCUUAGCAGAUUGAAUCAUCUGGAAAUACUGGGAUUGGAAAAUAAUCACUUCAAUGGAACCAUUCCUCCAUCACUUGGGGAGAUCAGAAGUUUGCGUGAACUACAUCUAGAGAACAACAAUCUAAGUGGAACAGUUCCUAGAAGCCUUCUUCAAAAACCUGGGCUUCGCUUUUCGUUCACUCCCGGUAAUCGUCUUGCAGUGCCGGGUGGACAGAAUAGAUGAUCCUUUCUGGUCCUACAUGGCUGUCAAUAGGAUGUGAAAUUAUUAUUUGAUUGAUUAUUUUGUCAACUUCAAACACCAGCUGGAAACUGCUUGGUAUCUUCUGCUCUUCGUUACGUUUUCAGAGCUAAUUGUCUGAAUCUGAGUAAAAGCUUCUGUGCUUCAAGUACUUAGUACAAUUAAACAAGCUCCUCUACGCAGCCUGAGAGUCCGGCUGUCAUUUUGUUGUACAAAUUUUUUUUCUGAGAGGUGCUUCUGACUUUGUUUAGCUGUAUAUGGUCCCCUUCCUCCAAUAGAGAGGAAGGUAAAGAAAUGGAAAUGGGAACACCUUGUUUUGUUUGUAUACUAUUUUUAUCUGUUUGCUAUUCUGUUUCACUAUUUUCCUGUGAUGAAUAAUUCAUGUAAAUCUAACACCUGUUUGUUGCAA